AUGAACUUCACCAACGUCCACGAGGCCAUCUCGCACGCAGGCGACCUCCGCUUCGGCCAGACCACCCGCGAGACCACCAGCCGGGCGCUGACCCUCGACUUCUCCGAGUCCCCCGACGACGAGUCCGUCCCUGUCGACAACACCAUCACCGUCCUCCGCCAGCUCUACGCCCACGUCCUCCGCCACCCGGUCGACUUCCCCUCCGUCUCGCACACCUACUGGUACACCCCCGAGGAGGCCUCGUGCGUGCUGCUGCGCUUCCUCUGGGCCGACUUCUCGCGCACCGACGACAUUGCCGAGGCCGCCCACGCCCGGAUCAAGCAGGUCGUCGUCCAGCAGCUGCAGCCCGAGCAGCUCACCGUGGCGGGCCUGCUCGACACACCCCUGCUGCAGACCACCCUCUGGCGCCGGCCCGAGUUCGCCCUCUUCCACCGGACCUGCUUCUGCCGCAGCGGCGGCGACGGGCCCCGCAACGAGGGCGUCUGGCAGAUGAUCCCCUCGGACAGGAGCCCCCACGAGACCGUCUACUACGACGGCAGCGACGAGCUCGGGGCCGUGCUGAGCUGCCACUUCCAGCCCUUGAUGCAACCCCUCUGGGGCAUCCUGGUGCAGUACUUCUUCGGCCAGCCCGUGGCCAUCAGCGUGCGCUAUCACGUCACGCAGCCGCGCUCUUUCACCGAGCUGCAGGCGGUCGACUUUACGGGCAAGACGCUGGGCCCGCCGCAGGGGCCCGCGAUGCCGCCGCAGGUGUGGGUCAGGCAGUUCGACUACCGGCUCGUGGCGGUGGUCAGGUGCGGUGAUGGGGGAGAGGUGAAGGACUCGGUCAGGCUGUACUCGCUGGGAGGGGAGCCCGUGUGGAGGGACGCGGAGACGUGGUCGAUUGGGGACACCCCGGACGCGGACUAUCUCUUGUUCUACGCGGUGGCAUUGGAAGGUGUUGCCCAGGGCUAG